AACAAGCAUCUUUCCAGUUUUUCUCUGUUAUGUUUGCCAGCCAGGUCUUCCUACAGCUCAGGAACUCAGAUACGAACCCUCUGGCAUGAUGUAUGUCAAUUCUGGAGCAGCAAAUGUGUCCAUGUCUUUGAACUUCAUGGGCAGGAAGUUACGUAACCACACUGUUGCCCCAGCAGCAAAACAACGUGCCUGGGAGACCACUGACCUUUCUCAAUAUCAGGAUGAUCCAGUGGUUUCCACCCGUGUCGUUCUUUCUCAUCCAAAUGUGUCAUCAGAGGAGCUGCCAGGCAGUGUUCCUGACCUGAGAGAAGAGGUUCAGCGGCGUAGACCAUGUAGCAUUCAUAACACACUCCUAGACCAGGAUAAAAACAGACGUAAGAUCAGAGUAUUCUGUCGAAUAAGGCCACUAACACGUGCGGAGCAAGCAAAAAAAGGCCACAUCACCGUUGCUUGUCUGGAUGAUUACUCUGUGAUCCUGGAGACCCCUCGAGGACCUCGCGAGUUUCAGUUUGACAAGAUCUUCAACACAGAAUGUACACAGGAAGAGGUCUUCAUUGAGUCCAGUGGGUUGAUCCAGUGUGCGAUUGAUGGAUUUAAUGUGUGCAUUUUUGCAUACGGCCAUACGGGUUCAGGGAAAACCUUCACAAUGGUCGGAGACAAAGAUCGAAGGAACCCAGGACUCAUUCCCAGAACAUUCACCAGGAUCUUUGAGAUCAUCCAGGAUAACGAGUCUAAAUUUGAGUUUAAGGUUUCAGCCUACAUGCUGGAACUGUACAAUGACCGCCUGCAGGAUCUCUUUGUGAGCCCAGCUGAAGCUUUCAACAAGCGAAUCGAAAUUAAGAGGGACAGAAAGGGGCUAGUGUUCGCCCAGGGAGCUGAGACAAAGGACGCAACCAGCGCCGGCGAACUCUUCGCAUUAUUUGAGCAGGGCUCUGCAAACCGCCACAUUGCGGCCACAAAGAUGAAUGUAGAAAGUUCCCGCUCCCACCUGAUCAUUGGCAUUAUGAUCGAGAGCCGUAAUCUGACCAAUGGGAGUGUGAGUUUUGGAAAGCUUAGUUUGGUGGACUUGGCAGGAAGUGAACGAGCAGCAAAAACUGGAGCCAAGGACGACCAACUGAAGGAGGCAAACUCUAUCAACAAAUCCCUGAGUGCUCUUGGAGAUGUAAUUUCAGCGUUGUCAAUGGAGCAGCCUCAUGUUCCCUACCGUAAUAACAAGCUGACCCAGCUCAUGCAGGACUCACUGGGGGGCAAUGCCAAGACCCUCAUGAUCCUCAACAUCUCUCCCUCUGACUGCAACCUGGACGAGACGCUCACCUCACUCAUCUAUGCAACUCGAGUGAAAGCCAUCACCAACAAUGCUCAGAGGAAUGUAGACAGCAAAGAAAUAGCUCAGCUGAAAGAGGUGAUUUUAAAAUUAAAAUCGGGUCAACCUGUGGAAGAAGAUGUCUAAUAUGCCUAUAUUUAUAUGAGUGUGUGAGUGUGCGUGUGUGUAUAUAAAUAAA